CGCACGUUAGCUUUACCAAAUCUAAAAGCUGUUGCCAGGAUGUUUGGUGAAAAGGCAUUAGAGCUUAUACGUGAGCUGCAGCGUUGCACCGGCGGCACUUUGGCACCAUACAACGAGGAUGGUGUACGUCAAGUUUUAGAAGAAAUGAGAGCACUGUUUGAACAAAAUCAGCGAGAUGUGCGGGAUACUGCAGAAGGCCAGGAAGGAUUGUAUGCUUCAAUUUAUUUAAGACAUGCGAGUCUGGAGAGAAACCAACGUUGCCUUCUAGCUUACAUAUACGAGAGAAUGUUGAGAUUGGCACAUUUUCGAUGGGAAUUUGGCAGCGUUUUACCACGUGAUGUGCAACUGAAUCUACAUGAUCAGGAGAUGCAGUGGUUUGGUUCUUACAGUAGAAAUUUGGUAAGCUACAUGCGAUCUGUUGGUGGUGGUGUGGGGCUUGAUAUAACACAGGAUACCAAACCUCCUAAGAGUCUAUACGUUCAGGUUCGUUGCAUGGUAGACUAUGGCGAGUUUGAGACUGAAGAUGGGACAGUAGUAUUAUUAAAGAAGAACUCACAGCAUUAUGUCAGACGGUCUCAUUGUGAACAUCUCAUCAGGCAAGGCAUUUUGGAGCACAUACUGUCAUAGCACAUUCAAUUGGGACAAGGCUGGUGUUGCCUGUUACUGUACAGAUGAUUUUGCGUUUACGCAUUUGCUGAUUGACUUGCAUGACGAUAGCUAUAUAUAGUGUAUGUAAUAUGUGAUGUAUUGAUUUGCAAGUCAUGUACAUGUCUUUGCUUGUGUACAGAAACAAUAACAGAAAUAGAUAAUUUAGACUAU